GCUUCCGGGACUGACGCAGUUCCCUUCGUAAACACUAAACACUUCUUUGAUGGCCGAAGAGAAGGACUAUUUCUGAUCGUCGGUGGUACUUUUUUAAUUAAAAAGACCCAGUAUUGAUCGUGCGACUAACUUUCUUGGAUAUAUUAAAGAUUAUGAAAUAUUCUAAAAUCAAUGGAGACAAUGUUACAUCUGUGAUCGUUAAGGGGAAGUUCAGCAUGGUUCACACAAACCUGAAGGAUACAGGCCUAACAGUAGCCACACGCGACCAGGAGAAGGUGAACCCCAAGGUCGACCUGGAGAAAAUGCCUGUUCAGAAAUGCGCGGGGGAUGGGUCGGAGGUGGACGAACUGGCGGUCAAGAUCCAGCAGACGUGCCGCAUCGACCCGGAUGACCAGCAGCAGCAGCAACUGACCGAGGGGCUGGCCAAACUGUCUAUUGGCCUGGAGGGGAAGGAGGAGAAGCAGGAGCCCCUACCGGCUAAAACGAGACGCGCCCCCGCCGAAGAUGAUGAGCGAGAGGAAGUGGCGGCGGAGAAGUCGAGUCAGCAGGAGGAUGGAGAGAAGAAGAAAGAGGUGGAGGAGGAGAAAAAAGAGGAGGAGGAGGAGAAAAAGGAGGAAGAGGAAGAGGAGGUGGAGAAAGAAGACUCUUGCCGUCGGAUGAUUAAGCUGGAUGCGCCCGUCUGUGCAGCAGAGGAGGAGAAGGAUGAGACCACAGAGGAAGCGGCGCUGAAGCAGGAUGGGCAUGGGAGCAAACUGAACGAGCGAGGCCCGUCGCUGGGCGUGCCCGCUCAGGGCUAUACGUCUGGCGGGUUCCAGUACGUCAACGCACAGGGUUACAUCCCUUGUGUGAACAAGUACGCGGAGCAGCAGCAGGAGUUCUAUCCCGUGAUGCCCAAGAAUUUCCCGGACUACUCCAACUUCCAGCAGGCCGGCCCGGGCCAAGCGACCUUGGCCAAGCGCGAGAUGGACAUGCAGGAGAUGUACCACGAACCGCUCAAGUUCGUGCGGCCGCAGGCAGGGGACAUGACUCUGCCAGAGUUUGUCGGGAAUAAUCUGAACCAGCCCGCGAACGAGAUGCCCCCGCUAGUGGUCACCAGAAAGGUGAGCAAUGUGUUCCAGAAGCAGAUGUCGGGGGGCACGGUCUACACGGCAGACGACACGCCGUGUUCCCCCGAGCAGAUUGUCCCAGGCGGCGAGGCUUUCCUCUGUGCAGCAGGCAGCGGUGGUCAGCCCGAGUGGUCAAGUGGUGGCGGGUCAAACAUGGACUCCCUUGAGCUGCCCACCUCUUGGGACAACGUGAUGAACAUCCCCAUCGACGUGGACGAGCUGCUGGGCGUGGAGAACCUCCCCGCGAAGGAGCAACAGCAACAACAGAUGCAGCUCAAGGCGGCUGCGGACGGCGGCAGGAUGAUGGGUCUGGUCGGCGUCGGGGCGGACGGCGAUUCGAUGGUGGGCGGGUCGCCGGGGGGUCAGUACCCUCCGAACAACCAGAUGUCGCCCCCGAUGGUGUGCCCGGGGAGACGGGCUGGUCAGUCAGCCGGUCAGCAUCAGCCGCAGCACCAGCAGGUUAUGGCUUCUCCGCAGCAGGGAGCUGCUGUGAUGCAGCAGACGUCGACCGGGCUCCCUCCGGUCAGGUCUCUGCGACCGGCGCCUGGCGUCCUCCACGGUCAGUUUGUCCAGCAGCAGCAUCAGAUGGUACAACAACAGCAACAGCAGAUGGUACAGCAGCAACAGCAGCUGGUACAACAGCAACAGCAAACCUUCCAGCAGCAGCAGCAGCAGCAGCAGCAGCAGUAUCUAAACGCCCUGCCCAUCGCCAACAGGGGCGGGAAACUCCAGCAGUACGUGGCCCAGCAGCACCAGCAGGUGUUGCAGACGCAGCAGCAGCAGCAGCAGCGCAACUCCUUCAACAGCAGCGGCAGUGGUGAUGCUGUUGUAACGACGGCGGCCGGUGGCGGCCAGAAGGCGUACAUAGCCAACCUGGACGACCCGGGUUACGCCAGCGAUCUGAGCCCGGCUCACGACUCGUCCUCCUCCCCCACGCCCAGUCCGGCCUCCGUAAUGACGGCGUCCCCCGCCCCAUCCGGCGCCUCCCCGCCGCGACCCAAUUACUCACCGCCGCCAUCCAACAUGUCCGUCAUGUCCGCAGAUUCAGGCCUCACCGCGGACGACAUGACUGACUACCACAGCGGCUUCAUCGACAAGAACCUGGAGACCCUCAACGAUGCGCUGCACAUUGCCAGCAUGGACCUUCUGGAGAAGCGCAUUGAGCUCAGCUGCAGUCGCCAGGCGGCUGUGAUGUCGUCGCAACAGACGGGGAUGAUGUCACCGCCACAAGCAGCUGCGAUGUCACCGCAGCAGACAAGUGUGAUGUCACCGCAGCAGACAAGUAUGAUGUCACCGCCCCAAACAAGUAUGAUGUCACCGCCACAAACAGGUAUGAUGUCACCGCCACAAACAGGUAUGAUGUCACCGCCACAAACAGGUAUGAUGUCACCGCCACAAACAGGUAUGAUGUCACCGCAGCAAACAGCUGUCAUGUCACCGCAACAGGCGGGCAUGGGGCCAAACGUGCCCAAGAUGGAAGAGAUCUGCCCUGACCCGCAGGAAGCCCCAAGCCAGAAGCGGAACGGGAAGCCCUUGCAGCCGCCGCACACCCGCCAGCCGAUGGGAGUGGCUGUGGCCGCCACUGCGGGUGUCGUCAACGGAAACUCCCCGCACGCUGCCUGCAGCGCUCCUGUUAUGGUGGGCGGGGGCAGCAACAACGGGCCGAUGGUCCAUCCCGCAGACGUUGCUAACCUCAACCUCAACGGAGUGGACAAGAAAUCGGCCAAGAAUAAAAUCUCCAACGUGAUGAUGCCUCCGCAGCAGCUGCAGCAGCAUCAGCGUCCGCUGGUGAACGGCGCCGGGCCGAUGCAGCCGGCCGUCAUGCCGGGCACCACGCUGGUCAUCAGCCAGCCCACGGCCACCCCGCCCGUGGUCAACAAGGACGGGAAGAUCGCCAUCCCGCCCUGGCCUGCCAACAAGACGAGGACGGAGCAAGGAGGCUGUUUGAUGGGACCUUUGUUCAUCGUGUCCCCAGUGACCCCCGCGCCCAGCAAGCCAAGAAACCUACACAUCGCCGUGUCGGACGUGGAUGUGGAUCAUUACAUGGUGCAGGCCCUGCUGGAGAGACUGGUGAGGGAGGAGCUUACGCCCAUGAUUGACAGACAGAAUAACUUGGGACAGCGCAUGCACCCAACUGGCGUGGUGGAGCAAUCUGCGGCCAUCCACUGUGCCUCGUCCAACGGUCAGUCCUACCUGGCCACCCUCAACGCCCUGAUGACCGCGCCGGACAUCAACCUCAAUCUGGUCAACUCGGAAGGUCACACAGGCCUGCACUGCGCCAUUCUGUCCCAUGGGAAGUGCACGCCGAGCGGGGUCAUCGACAGUGUGCCCAUCAUCCAGGCACUGAUAAACGCGGGGGCAGACCCAAAUCUGCAGGUUCAGAAGAAUGGCAAGACGGCCUUGAUGUAUGCCCUGGAGUCAGGUGACCUUGACCUCAUUGAGCGUACCUUCCAGCUGGUGGACCCACUUAAACUGCCGGGCUUCUUGAAAACACAGUCAUUUGACAGCAACAGCUGUCUGAAGAUCGCGGCCAACCUCAAGCGGAAGUUGGACGCUGCGGGCCAACAACGCUUGCAGAACGCUCUGAAACCGCCGACGCACAGAGGUCAGUCGUCUCCCUUCAGCACGCCAUCGCCCCCACAGUCUUCGUGAAGGGGGCCUCGCUUCAUGUGUCGACGCAAGAUGGAAGGAAAGUCACACGCUGACGGAAGGGAAGAAGGGACAGAAAAGAAGGAGUGAGUGACAGAAGAGAAGUGACGGAAGAGAAGGAGUGAGUGACAGAAGGGAUGGUGUGAUGGAAGGAAAGAAGUCCGGAAGAGAAGGAGUGAGGGACAGAAAAGAUGGUGUGACGGAAGAGAUGAAGUGGCAGAAGGAAAGAAGUGAGAGAAGGUAGUAGAGAUGAUAUAGGAGAAGGAGUGAGUGAUAGAAAGCAAAAGAAGUGACAGAUGGAUGGUAACUUUCGUCCCCUAGUGUGCGCCUGUUGUUCACACACAGAUUUGACGGGCGGCUACGUCCGAUGUACAGAAUCCACCGUUCUUGAUGAUUUCCUAGCUUUGUUAUAGUUUUGCAUAUCUUUGUGUGGGGAGCAUCGUGGACUGACUGUAUGAAGGAAGCUAGUGCAUAUAGCCAUAUAUAUGUCUAUUUAAAUAGACGUAUAUAUUAUGAUGUUUAGACGUGCUUGCGUUUGAACGUUUAGCUGAAGUUGUGUUCUGCGUAGUUGAUUUUCUCUGUGUGGAAUCGUAACGUUUGAACGAUGGCGUCACGGUCGAGUGUCGUUGCUGGAGGAAGGUUCUGGCUACGGCGGGUAGUUACGUAGCCAUGCUGUAGGGGCAGAAGUGUGUGGUUUUGACUCGUCAAAGGGAUGGAACUCUACCGAAAAGGGGUCUCGUCUGCCUCAAGGAUUUCCUGUUGGGGUGAGAGAGCGGUGGACUAUGCUCUUUCGAAAGUUUGUUGACCCUCCCGCCAUAGUGGAAACGGAUGUUCUUCGAAGACUGUUUAUAGUGCCUGACUGUUGAAGAAGUGAAGAAAUCGUUGCCCUCCCACAAACACCCCCCCCCCGCACACACACACACACGCAUUUGCACUCCCCCUCCCCCCUCUGGACCCUUAUCCCGAUUUGUGGGUUUGGAAGACCGUACAGUCCUGGAAGUUUCAGAAGUCUCGACAAGGUACGAGAUAAGACAAGGUACGAGAUAAGACAAGGUACGAGAUAACUCGUUGAGAUGCGAAAUAUUUGUUUCACUUUUUUUUUUUCGCGAUGCGUUUGUUCCAUGUUGUUGUUUCUCAAUGUUGAUUUAUCUCAUGACCGCUUACAAGUGAAUGUGUGUGUUUGCCUGUGUGUGUGUGUUUGUCUGCAUGUGUGUGGUGCAACAUAUGUUGACAUGUGAUGUGUUGGUAUCAAGGGUCCAUUAUGUGAAACUGUAUACAAUUUUACCCCAACAACAAUAUCUCUGUUUUUGUUUUCUGCAUUCUUUAUUCCAUCGUCUUCUGUAACCAUACAUUGUGGUUUUUACAUGUACGUUAAAUCGCAAGCGUCCACUUUUACGCUGUAAAAAUAGAUGAGUAAGUUGUGGAGGUAUUGUGGAAUUAAGACGAUUUAGUCUAUUGUAAUUGAAAUCAAAUGAGUUUUUACCCCCCUUUGAUUGCUGUGAAAGUUUGUUCAAGAGGCGUGGCCUUUGAUUUUAACAUGUCUCCAAGAGGAUGGUGCCAGGGUUGGUGAAGAGCUCUGAAGACUCUUCAAACUACCAAAGUUUUAAGAAGAAAAAAAAGCACCCCGUUGGGGAUUCAAACCAGAGCCAUCCACACCGAAGCUCAGUGUAGUAGUACCAUCUGAGUUAAGGGUGGAGGUCUCUUUGUUUUUAUAACAUGCGCAUGUGAGUUGUGACCUGACAAACUUUUAACACUUUGCGGGCACUUGGUGCGGUGAAAAUGAUCUGUUCUGGUAAGUGGGCGCAGUUCUGCGCCAGGCCAGGCCCGUGAAGUCCGUUGCUGUCGCUCUCAAGGCAGGGUGACCUGAUCGGGUAUUUUGUACUGCUGGCUGUGUGACUGCAAAGUGUUAAGUAUGAUGAGUGCCAUCAUUGUUUUAUUGUUUUCUGCCAUGUAUGUAUGUAGUACAGUCGAAAUUGUUCAAGACAGUCUCCCUUUGUGGAUGAGGAAAGUGGUCGUCUUAGACAGGGAGAUGUCUUAGACAGGGAGAUGUCUUAGACAGGGAGAUGUCUUAGACAGGGGGAUGUCUUAGACAGGGGGAUGUCUUAGACUGGGGGAUGUCUUAGACAGGGAGAUGUCUUGGGCAGGGAGAUGUCUUAGACUGGGGGAUGUCUUAGACAGGGAGAUGUCUUGGGCAGGGAGAUGUCUUAGACAGGGAGAUGUCUUGGGCAGUGACUUCAUAAUAAGGAACUGUUCACAAAUAACGUCAGCUCAGAGGGGGGAUCAGUGAAAAGUUGAAAUGGGGAGGGGGGGGUGGGUGUCCGUACAAAGUUGCCAUCAUCCAUGAUGCUGUAAAAUGUUGGGGAAAGAAGAAAAGGAAAG